GUGUGGAAAGUAAGGAAGAAAGAAGGAAGUGAGAUAAAUAAUCAUUUUGUCAUUGAGAGGGAAAAAAAAGGUAAAUCGUUGUUGAGUUGGAUGAACUUCUGACAGCAGAGAAAGUUAAGAAUAUAAGUCUUUUUCUGUGCGUUUUUUCUUUCUGAGUGUGGAGCACGUGCCAAAGCAUCACAAAACCGCUGAAAUUGGAAGUGGCCUUAGAAAUAACAUAAACUUUUGCCGUGUUACAGCUCAGUUCUUUCUGUCAAUGUGGCCACCAUGAAUGAUCCACCUGCAAUGGAAUAACGUAAAAUUCGUUCUUAACCGUUAGAAAGAGACCAAAACUUCCUACCUUUUUCCUUGACUGUUUGUGUACUAUAUAAGCAACAACAUUGGUUAUGUCUUUGGUAUUUAUUCUAUACACUAAUCAGUCUUUAUCAAUCACCAAAGCCUCUCUUAUCUUUUCUCCAAAAUGGCAACAUUGAUGCUGAAGUUAAUGCUUCCUCUACUUUUCCUGUUCAUGAUUCCUCCAAAAACAGCAUACGCGGAGUUUGAGCAAUGGUGUGUUGCUGAUGAGCAGGCCACUGUUAAUGAAUUGCAGGCAGCCUUGAAUUGGGCAUGUGGAAAAGGAGGUGCAGAUUGCAGAAAAAUCCAAGUGAACCAACCUUGCUAUCUUCCAAACACAUUAAAAGACCAUGCUUCUUAUGCCUUCAACAGCUACUAUCAGAAAUUCAAGCACAGUGGAGGUUCUUGCAAUUUCAGAGGGGCUGCCAUGACAACAGAAGUGGAUCCUAGUCAUGGUUCUUGUCACUAUGACUUCAUUCCAUGAUCACAACUGUGACAGAAGACUUAAAAUAACUGCAGCAAAAACUAGAGCUCGAACUGUUGUGUGGUCCCAAACUGCAAUUAAGCAUUCUUUUAGGGGCCUUUUUUUUAUACUAUUGAUAGAGCUGAAAUUUUACUUUGCAAUUGCAAAAACUUAUAAAUUAAUAUCUUUUGUCAUACUUUAAUAAAUGUGUAGUCCAGUUUAAUUUCGUCUUUUUUUUUUAACAAUGUAUGGUUUAUGGGUGAGUGACUAAUGCUAUUAUGUUCUUUUUCAAA